AUGGCUCAGCUCGACACACUGGACAUCAUUGUCCUAGCAGUUUUACUGCUGGGAACGCUCGCGUAUUUCACCAAGGGCACGUACUGGGCCGUACAGAAGGAUCCAUAUGCGAGUUCCAUGGCCAACGGCUCGGCUGGCAAAGCUGGCAAGAGCAGAAACAUACUGGAGAAGAUGGAGGAGGCGGGCAAGAACUGCGUCAUCUUCUACGGCUCGCAGACUGGUACAGCCGAGGAUUACGCCUCACGGUUAGCAAAGGAAGGUUCUUCAAGAUUCGGGCUCAAGACGAUGACUGUAGACUUGGAGGAGUACGACUAUGAGAAUUUGGACAAGUGGCCCGAAGACAAGAUUGCCUUCUUUGUGCUCGCGACAUACGGAGAGGGUGAGCCGACGGACAACGCUGUUGAGUUCUACGAAUUCAUGUCUGGAGACGACGUAUCUUUCAGCGAAAAGAGCGCGGACGAGGCUCCCCUUGAGAACCUGCGAUACGUGGCAUUUGGCCUUGGAAAUAACACAUACGAGCACUACAACGCUGUCGUGAGGAACGUGGACAAGUUCUUGACAACCCUCGGUGCGACGCGUAUUGGAGACGCUGGUGAGGGCGAUGAUGGUGCUGGUACGAUGGAGGAGGACUUUCUCGCCUGGAAAGAACCAAUGUGGGCUGCGUUGUCUGAGGCUAUGAGUCUUGAGGAGCGCGAGGCAGUCUACGAGCCCGUCUACGAGGUCACUGAGCAAUCUGAAAUGGAAGCAUCCCACGAGACUGUGUAUCUUGGCGAGCCCAACAAGAACCAUCUCGAGGGCCACUCCAAGGGCCCGUACAAUGCUCAUAACCCCUACAUCGCGCCAAUUGCUGAGUCACACGAACUCUUCAACGACAAGUCUCGGAAUUGCUUGCACAUGGAGGUCGACCUGUCUGGCUCAAACCUGACCUACACCACUGGUGACCACAUCGCCGUUUGGCCGAACAACGCCGGAAUAGAAGUUGACCGUCUGCUGGAAGUUGUUGAUCUGAAGAAUAAGCGCGAGACUGUCAUCAAGGUCAAGGGUCUUGAUGCUACCGCAAAGGUUCCUUUCCCCACGCCGACAACGUACGACACAGUUUUCCGAUACCAACUCGAGAUCUGCGCCCCGGUCUCUCGCCAAUUCGUCUCGACCCUUGCACAGUUCGCACCCAACGAUGAGGUCAAGGAGAAGAUGACAAAGCUUGGGGGAGACAAGGAAGCAUUCGCGGAAGAGGUGGCCAAGAAGAACUUCAACAUCGGACAACUACUUGGCUGGGCAGGCAAGGGCCAGAAGUGGGACAAGGUUCCGUUCUCGCUCUUCAUUGAGGGCUUGAACAAGAUCCAGCCGCGGUACUACUCCAUCUCCUCUUCAUCACUGGUGGACAAGCAGAAGCCAACGAUCACUGCCAUUGUGGAGUCUGUGGAGGCUCCAGGUGCACCACACGUGGUGAAAGGUGUCGCAACUAAUUACUUGCUCGCCCUUUCUCUUCAGCAACACGGGGCUGAUAACCCUGAUCCACAUGGCUUGGACUAUCAAAUCAAGGGCCCAAGGAACAAGUACGAUGGUGUCCACCUUCCGGUUCACGUUCGACACUCGAAUUUCAGACUCCCCUCAGACCCGAGCAAGCCGAUCAUCAUGGUUGGUCCGGGAACUGGUGUUGCUCCUUUCCGUGGUUUCGUCCAGGAGCGAGCACAGCAGGCGAAGAAUGGCGAGAACGUUGGAAAGACCAUUCUUUUCUUCGGUUGCCGAAACAAGAACGAUGACUUCAUCUACAAGGACGAGUGGGAGGUAAGACAAGACAAUUCUCGAGAUAUCUCAUUGCACAUCAUACUGACUUGAAUUGCACAGCAAUGGUCCAAGGACAUGAACGGACAAUUCGAACUCGUUACAGCCUUCUCGCGAGAGCAAGAGAAGAAAGUUUAUGUCCAGCACCGAUUAAAGGAGCGUGCCGAAGAAAUCAACCAGCUUCUCGAGCAAAAGGCGUACUUCUACGUCUGUGGUGAUGCGGCGAACAUGGCUCGUGAGGUCAACGACAUUCUCGCCGCCAUCAUCUCCGAGCAACGCGGCGUUGAUAAGAAGAAGGGAGACGAGAUUGUGAAGUCGAUGAGAUCGGCGAACCAGUACCAGGAAGAUGUCUGGUCCUAG